AUGUUGGUUCUCGUUCUUCUACUAAGUGUUGCUUCGGCACUGUCUGUCUCCAAGCAGGUCAAGCUUGGAAACAUCUCUUACUACGUUCCAGAUACGCCAUGGAAGACUUUUACUGAAUAUGAGCUAUCUCCACUUUUUGGAGAGCUCAAACCAUCGUUUCUUUUCCCUCUCACUGUGCUGAACGAGACCAGUCUCAACUACUCUGUUGUGCAGACACUGAGCGAUGACUUCUCCGAGAAAGACGACGUUUUCUCCGAGUUCUUUUUGGAGAACAUUUUCCUAAACUCCGGUGACUCGGUCUCUUCUACCAAAAACCACUCCUUGUCCGGAUUCAAUGUCUCUAGUGUCAGUACAUUGUCCACUGCUCUUCCAAAUGGUCCAUACUUUGCCUCCUAUUUGGAUGGUGUCGUUAGUGUUUUCCCAGCUUACCGUCUAUACGCAGACACUCACGCUGCUUUCCAAAUCGGAAUUGUUCCUUCAGGAGAUGGCUUCAUGGCUCUUCCUGCAGGUGUCGAGGUGGCUCACGCUCAAACAAUUGCAGUUCCUUCUAGAUUGUACUACACUCCAACCGACGAGCAACCACUAGCUGGAUUCCGUAUUGGUGUGAAGGACCUUUACGAUAUUGCUGGUAUCAAAACUGGAGGAUCUUCCAGACACUACUACGAUGUUUAUGACCCCGCUAACGCAACUUGUCCAUCUAUCCAACGUUUGAUCGAUCUGGGUGCUGUGAUUGUCGGAAAACUCAAACUCACCCAAUUUGCUAACGGAGAAACUGCUACCGCUGACUACGUCGACUACCAUGCCCCAUUUAACCCUCGUGGAGAUGGUUACCAAAGUCCUUCUUCCUCUUCCUGUGGAUCUGGCGCUGCUGAGGCUGCCUAUGAUUGGUUGGAUGUCACUAUUGGAUCCGACACUGGAUGCUCUGUCCGUUGUCCCGCCUCCGCUCAAGGUAUCUUUGGACUGAGACCAACUUUUGAUGCUAUCACUUUGGAAGGCGUUAUCCCAAUGAACGAUGUCAUGGACACUGCUGGUUACCUUACCAGAACCGCAGAGAUGUUCAGAAUCGUGGGUGAGGCCUGGUACGCAGAGAACGCAAACAUCUCGACCGACUACAUCGACUUCCCAACUACUGUUUACACUUUCGAGGGUAACAACACCAACUACAUCGAAAAUGAGGUCAGCGAGGAUGCUCUUAACAUUUUCUACGAUUUCGUCGAUGAGGUGACCGAGUUCCUGAACGGUACUCACGAAAAGUUGAACUUGUUUGACGAAUUCGACAAGACUGGUGAAGAUAUUCUGGAUGUCUUCAACCACACGUGGUCCGGAUUGGCUGGAUACUACCAAUACGUUCACGUUUGGGAACCAUUUGCGCAUGACUACCAACAAAAGUUCAAUAACGACACUCCUUUCUUGGAUCCUGUUCCAAAGUUCAGAUGGGACUGGGGUUACUUCAACUUGACUGAAGAAGGAUACAACAAAGCUCUUGACAACAAGCAAUUGUUCGAUGACUGGUGGAACGAGAACGUCACUGCUUCCGACCCAGACACUUGCUCCUCUUCGCUCUACAUCUAUUUGACAAACGGUGGAGCAACCACCUACAGAAACAAAUACCUUAAAGCUCCAUCCGAGACUGGUCUUUCUGGAUUUUCGGAGCUUUACAUCUCUUCGUUUGCCCGUACUCCUGAGGCCGUUGUUCCUCUUGCAGAACUUCCUUAUAAUUCUACCAUUACACUGACCGAAAAGUAUCUUCCUGUCGCUGCUGCCAUUGGUGCUGCUCCAGGAUGUGAUUUCAUGGUUUUGGACUUGAUUGAACAGCUCACCAUUGCUGGAAUCAUCAACGAUGUCGCUGCAGGUCCUCAGAUGUAUCCAUAA